ACGACGCUCCCUCUUGGCGUUUUGGGGCUUCCGCGACUUGACACAUCUCGAGCUCGGAACGAAAAACCAAUGGCGACGGAAGAAGUCGCCGUCGAGGGUGGAGACGUCGACCGGCGCGACGUGUCGGCGUCGACGGAAGAAGUUUCCGUCGAGGGGGGCGGCGUCGACCGGCACGACGUGUUUGUGUCGCGCCUCACUCCGACCGCCAGAGGGCCCACCGCCAGGCCCAACGCCAUCUCCGUCGAGAUCGUCGACGUCGACAGGUACGAAGCGUCGGGGCCGCGCCUCGCUUCGAUCGCCGCCGGGGGCAGCACCAAGUCCAACGCCAUCUCCGUCGAGCAAUACACCGAGGACAGAGACCUCCACGAAGCGAUCGCGGCUUCUCUUCUACAAACCGGGUCCCAAAGCCUCGACAAGGACGACGACGUGCGAGUCCUGGACUCGUUUCCCGCCGGAACUCGGUCAUCGUCUUCGCGGAAGCGAAAGAAGACGUACAGUUGCUCCUCGGUCACCGAAGCAGGUCAGACGUCGAAUUCCAAGCCCGUUCCUUCGUUCAUCUGUGAAAUCUGCGUCGAGCCAUUGGCGAAAAGCGACCUGUUUCGAAUCAAGGGCUGUAGUCACGCGUAUUGCAACGAUUGCGUGGCUAAAUACGUAGCUUCGAAGCUUCAAGACAACGUGACGCGCAUAGGCUGCCCUGUCUCGGGCUGCGGCGGCGUUCUGGAGCCGGGGUAUUGCAGCUCGAUACUCCCUCCGGAGGUGUUCGAUCGUUGGGGAAAUGCAUUGUGCGAGGCUCUGAUUUUGGAGGCGGAGAAAUUUUACUGCCCGUUUAAGGAUUGCUCGGCAUUGUUGAUCAAAGAUGGAGGCGCGGCGGUCGUGAGGGAAUCGGAGUGUCCGAAUUGCCGGAGAUUGUUCUGUGCGCAGUGUAGAGUGCCAUGGCAUGCGGGGUUAGAGUGUCAGGAGUUUCAGGGGUUGAAUGAGGGAGAGAAAGGGAGAGAGGACAUAAUGAUUCAGCUGGCUCCAUCUUCGUCCUUGCGAAAGCCAAAGUGCAAGACGAAGCCCUACAGUGUGUCAUUGGCCACCGAAACAGAUCAGCCGUUGAAUUCUGAGAAAGGGAGGGAGGACAUAAUGAUUCGGCUGGCUCCAUCAUUGUCCUCGCAAAAGCCAAAGCGCAAGAAGAAGCCGUACAGUGGGUCAUUGGUCACCGAAAUAGAUCAGCCGUUAAAUUCCAAGCCAGAUGCUUCAAUUAUCUGUGAAAUUUGCAUCGAGCCAAGGACAAACAGCGACCUGUUUCAUAUUAAGGGUUGUAAUCACACGUAUUGCGUUGAUUGUGUUACUAAAUACGUAGCUUCAAAGCUUCAGGACAAUGUGACGCACAUAGAUUGCCCUGUCUCGGGAUGUGGCGGCCUUCUGGAGCCGGAGUAUUGUAGGUCGAUACUCUCUCCGGAGUUGUUCGAUCGUUGGGGCAAUGCAUUGUGCGAAGCUCUGAUUUUGGAGGGGGAGAGGUUUUACUGCCCGUUUAAGGAUUGCUCAGCAUUGUUGAUCAAUGAUGGAGGCGUGGUCGUGAGGGAAUCAGAGUGUCCGAAUUGCCGGAGAUUAUUUUGUGCAGAGUGUAGAGUGCCAUGGCAUGCAGGGGUGGAGUGUCAGGAGUUUCAGGAAAUGAAGGAGGGGGAGAGAGGGAGGGAGGACAUAAUGUUGAUGAAGCUGGCUGAGAAGAAACAUUGGAGGAGGUGCCCUAAGUGCAGGUUCUUUGUUCAGAAAAUUUCUGGUUGCGCUUUUGUGAAGUGCAGGUGCAGAGUUGAAUUUUGCUACCGAUGUGGAGCCCAGGCAAAAGAAUCGCAUUAUUGUACUAAAUGUCGGGGUUGAAUCCACUCGGCACGAUGUGCACGAUCUCUUCUUUAUGCUGUUGCAGUACGACGGUAUAUACAUCCUGUUGCAGGAGCAUCUUGCUCCAUGGGACAAUUAUCAAGCUCAACUCAUGUUCUAGACCAAUCCUUACUCUUGCAAGCAAGUGCUAAUUUCGUUGAAUCAAUGGGUCCAUGUCUAAAGCUGUUGAUUCAGCUUGCUAGACUAGUUGUCGAUUUCAUCUUUGCCAAUCGGCUCCCAAGAUGUUUAGACUCCUAAUUAACUACCUAGCAGCCGGAAGUAGUUCUGAUCCGUUUCCAUGGUUGUUUGUGGAUUUUCUAAGGUGGCUAUUCAUCUUCCAAUGGUAGCGGACGAAUUUGGGGUGUCCAAUAUUAGAUUCAUGCAUGGUCUUAGUCAAAUGCAUUUACUCCUAGUUUUUGUGAAUAUUUAUUCUGAAGUCAGUGUCAAGGGUCUUAAUAAUGUACAAGAUACAAGGCUUGAAUUUAAAUGCAUGCGAGAUUUUCCUCAA